CGAGUCUGCUCUUCUUCUUCCCGCUGCAGCCACCCGAAGAAAAAAAAGGGGAACCCAGCCAUGCUUGAGAAACUAGUGAGAUAAGCUUGGUUUUCUCCUUCUUUUCUUGUUCUAAAACCAGAUUUGAGCCUUGAAAUUCUCCCUCCCUUGCUGGAAAAUCUGGAUCUGCCUUGCUCUGCUCCUCACCGUCCGGCUGCUCCUGCUUUGUGGGUGAUUUCUGGGCAUAUUUUUCUGUUUCCGUGAGUUUCUCCCCUGCACUUGCCGCCGGCCUCCUCCCCAAUCUGCACUCCGGUUUUGCUUGCUGGAAAAUUCUGGUUCUCGAUCGUUCUGUCAGUUAGCGUGUGAAUUGAGUGCUCGGUUUUAUGCAAGUGAGGUAAGUAAAUUUAUGGUAAUGCCCGUACUGUUUUAAAAGCAUGUUUUGAUUUGUUUUUGAAGUGGUGGCGGGACUAAACCCGUUUUAUACAAAAGUAAGUAUGAUUGAUUUGAAAUGAAAUUUUUAUGCUUUUCAUUAAAUUGAGCAUGCCUACUGGAAAUUUGAUUGAUUGUCCUGAUGAUUUGAAAGUGAUUGAUAAAGAAUGAUUUUCUGUGAACUUUUGCCUGUUUUGUCUUUGAUAUGGUUAUGUUAUUGAUUGAAAUCCUGCUAGUGGGGGUUAAACGCUAGCACAUGUCGACAUGUUAUUGAUAAAACCGGUUCAUUCAAGUGUAGCCUGCCAGUGGGAAGUUUAAUACACUGGCCAUGACCUAUAGAGGAGACGUCUAUUUCGUUCCCGUACUGAAUCCGAUUUGUGUGAUUGCACAUGUUGGCAUGCUACAAGAAGUGAAACCGAGGACGGGGAAACCACGGGAAGUGACGAGUUAGAAGGCUAGCCAUAUUGUAAUUGGAUAUGAAGUUUUAGAUAUAAUCAUGAUCUGGUAUUGGAGAUUUAUGAUAUCAGAGAGUUUAUAAAAUUGAUCUUCAGAUUUUGAUGGUAUCAGAGUGUGAAUUGGAUAAGUUCCGAGCCUUCUGCAUUUGUGGGACCCAUCUCACGAGUGCACGGCGUCUGCCACGUCCCCGAAUUUGGGUUCUGGGGCGUGACAUAUACCCUAUAAUAUUCAUCUAAUUUGUCUUCCAUUGAGAAAUUAUUUGGUCAUGGUCUUGCCUCUUCAUCUACCAAAUAAUUAUUUUUUUCA